AUGCAGGAACUCGACAUGCUCAUCCUCGGCGCAGGCUGGACUUCCACCUUCCUCAUCCCCCUCCUGCAAUCCAAGAAAUGCAACUUCGCCGCGACAACCCGCGACGGCCGCAGAGUUGCAGGCGUCGAAACCCUGCAGUGGACUUUUAAUCCCGAGGGAACCACCUCUGCCAUCUCCAAUCAAUUCUCUUCCUUGCCCUUGGCCAAAGCAGUCCUCAUCACCUUCCCCCUCACCGGCGAGAAGCAAUCUACGACUCUCAAGAAGGGCUACGAGGAAGCCAAGCAGAAAUCCGAAAUUCGCUUCAUUCAGCUCGGGAGUACGGGGAUCUGGCAGAUUCCAGACCAGAAGAGCAUCUGGCUGUCUCGGGAGAGUCCUUACGAUACCACCAACAAGCGCGCUGUCGCCGAGGACGAACUGCUCGGGCUGGGAGGUUCGGUGUUGAAUCUCGCGGGCCUGUGGGGCGGAGAACGAGAUCCGAGGGAUUGGGUGGACCGUGUUGCGAAGACAAAGGAGGAAGUCAAGAGUAAGAAGAGUUUGCAUCUCAUACACGGGGAGGAUGUAGCGAGGGCGGUGGUGGCAUUGAUGGACAAUUGGGAGAAGACGCGAGGACAAAGGUGGAUGCUCACUGACGGGUUCGUCUACUGUUGGUGGGCGCUAUUUGCAGGUUGGGGAGACGGAAAGGGAGAAGAUACCGAUCCCAAGAGGAAGCCUUCCAAACAGGCGCAGUGGGUUUAUGAGCUGAUGCAAGAGGAGGGUGUUCAGGCUUUACCAAGGAGCAGCGAAAUCCUGGGAAGAUGUUACGACAGCAGAGAAUUUUGGUCGACGUUUAGUCUUGCGCCGCUGAAGGCGCGUAUCUGA